AUGGGCGGCUUCCGAGUCCUCAGCGACAGUGCAGUGCACGACAUGCUGAUCAACCUCCCGCGGGCGGACAUCCUCGGCUUCCGCGACACGCUCGCGCAGUGCCUGGUCGACUUCUCCACGGCCCAGGAGCGCAAGUACCAGCCGCCCGCCGGGAUCGUGAACCGGCCCGAGGGCCAGCGGUGCCUGUUCAGGCUCUUCACCUCGGCCAGCAACGUCGGCGCCAAGGUCAUCGUCUCCCCUUCGCCCUCGUCCCCCGCCGCCGCCAGCGGCCUGCACGGCAUGAUCGCGCUCUGCGACCAGGACGGCCUGCCCGCGGGCGUGCUCAACGCCGGGGAGGUCACGGGCUACCGCACCUCCCUGGGCGCCCUCAUCCCCUGGCUGUGGCGCCGCCGCACCGACAACGUCGUCGUCUUCGGCGCGGGGAAGCAGGCCCUCUGGCACCUGCGCCUCGCCCUCGCGCUCCGCGGCGACGAGAUCCGCUCCGUGAGCGUGGUGAACCGCUCCGCCGACCGCGGCAGGCAGCUGGUCGAGACGCUCGGCCGGGAGAACAGCGAGCGCUGGAAGUCGGCGGCGACCCUGGAGUACGUGGACCCCUCGCGGCCGGACUACGACGCCUGGCUCGAGAGCAGCCUGGCUGUUGCCGACGCCGUCUUCUGCACGGUGGGCACGACGACGCCGCUGUUCCCGUCAAAGUAUGUCACGGGCGAGAAAAGGGAGCGCCAAGCCUACGUCUCGGCCGUCGGCUCGUGGCAGCCGAACAUGAUAGAGCUGGACCCGUCCCUGCUGCAGCAUGUCGUCGCCCGCCCCGACCUCGGCUUCCGGUGGGCCGAGAGCUCCGGCGGCGUGGUGCUCGUUGACGACCGCGAGGGGACGUCGGAUCACGCCGGCGAGGUCGUCGCGAGCAAGCUGAAGGCUGAGAACCUUGUCGAGGUCGGUGAGGUCGAGGACCUCAAGAGGCGGGCCGACAAUCCGGACCUCGUACGCUGGCUUGAGGAUGGGCUGCUGGUCUACAAGAGCGUCGGGGUCAGCAUGACGGAUCUGGCUGCCGGGAAUGCCAUCCUGGCGUUGGCUGAGAAAAGAGGCGCCGGGACCACGAUUCCCGAGUUUUAG